UCUGCCAUUGACUUCCGCUAUUCAAAUCAAACAGCUGUUUAUUUUUGUGAUCCACCAUGCACCCCUGUUUACGUACUGUGACGUGACGUGGCUCUGGUUGACGCAUGCAGUUCAUCCCGGGAAAAUCUGAAUUAUAUCAGGUGGCGCAGGCGGUUUUAAUGCCAUUUUACUGUGGCGCGUAAAAUGUGAGUGAAUAAGAAAUUUACUUCCCCUCUCUGCUGUGUGGAUUAUUUGGAUGUUUUGAUCGUAUUUCGUUUUAACGCAAUGGCUGAAGAGGAAGAGGAUCCUGGCUUCGAGGAGGAUACUGAGGACGGUGGUAACGGCAUAGACUCUGGACAUGGCAAAAGAAAGCGACUUUUUUCGAAAGAGUUGCGCUGCAUGAUGUAUGGGUUUGGUGACGACCAGAAUCCGUACACGGAAUCCGUGGAUAUACUGGAGGAUUUGGUCAUCGAGUUUAUCACGGAGAUGACCCACAAGGCGAUGUCUAUAGGACGACAGGGCCGUGUUCAAGUGGAGGACAUCGUCUUUCUAAUCCGUAAGGACCCUAGAAAGUUUGCAAGAGUGAAAGAUCUACUUACAAUGAACGAGGAACUGAAGAAAGCCCGCAAAGCUUUUGACGAGGCUAAUUAUGGGUCCUAAAAUAUUUGUUAAGCUGUCACGUUUUAUAAAUGUAGUUUUGCUUAAUUGUGUUGUACAUGUUUGUAUGCUAGGGCGACAUUUAUUUUGGUCUGUGAAAUUAGGCAUAAGAAUUCGCAGGUGACUGUAGGCCUUAAACUGUGGAACAUUUUUCAGUUUUGUCUGAAAUAUUAUAUGUUUUUAAUGAACAAUAAAGACACGUGGUUAAAUGUUGUAUAGGAGAAAAGUGGAUUUUGACAUACUUCAAGUCAUUUGCACACAUUGAUGGCGUAAAAGUUGAAUGUCAUUUUUCCAUAUGCUUAAACUAUGACAGUUUUCUGAAAGUUUAAAAUAAUUUGUUCAGUUAAUAGUUUCCAAUGCUGAGUAUUCACAAUGUUUGCAAACAUCAAAAUUUGACAAAAUAAAGAAUGUUGUGUAAAUUCAA